AUGUCGCAAAGCUUGAGGCCAUACCUGCAGGCCUGCCGCUCCUCCCUCACCGCCGCUCUGGCGAUCUCCAACUUCGCAUCCCAAACAUCGGAACGCCACAAUGUGCCCGAAAUCGAAGCCCAAAGCAGUCCGGAGGUCUUGCUGAACCCAUUGACCAUCUCCCGCAACGAGAACGAGCGCAUGCUGGUCGAACCGAGUGUGAACAGUGUCAGAAUCAGUCUGAGGAUCAAGCAGGCAGAUGAGAUUGAACACAUCCUGGUUCACAAGUUCACCCGUUUCCUGACCCAACGAGCUGAGUCGUUCUUCAUUUUGCGCAGGAAGCCAGUUGAGGGCUAUGAUAUCUCCUUCCUCAUAACCAACACCCAUGUCGAGAUGUUACUGAAGCACAAAUUAGUGGACUUUGUCAUCCAGUUCAUGGAAGAGGUAGACAAGGAGAUUUCGGAGAUGAAGCUCUUCUUGAAUGCGCGUGCUCGAUUCGUUGCCGAGUCUUUCCUGACACCGUUCGAUUAA